UUCAAUUGUACAGGUUUUUUGUUUCCUGUUUUAAUUAUUGUGUGCAUGCAUAACGAGUACAAAAAUUUAUUCGUAUAUUAGCGUUUAUGUUUAAGAAAAUCAUUUAGGAUUAAAAAUAUCUAAGUGAGACGUGCAGUUCGUAGAUUAAAACGAAAUGCUAAGGCUGCAUUUUUCACCGAAGUAUACCUGUAUAGCUAGAAUACGAGCAGGCUACUUUUACGAUUUGAAAAGCAGCUCGGUCCCCUUAUUCUUUCUUUCAAGAGAAAAGGUCUCUACCCCUGUAAUGGGUUUAGACACUGUUGCCAGAUUUGUGAAACUAUCCAAAAUACAUACAUACACCUACUUAUUUAUUCUUCAUAAAGAAUAUCCGUCGACUAGUUGCAUGCAAUACGAAGUAAAACAACAAAUAUUAGAUGAAUCUAGUCAUUGAGAAAGUGAUAUAGUACUUGGAAACGGCAGAUUUUCAGUGUUAAACCUUAACCUUGGAAUUGGAAUGAUUUACGCCGUUCUGGCAACGCUGUCUCACAUUCUUUAUGCUCGAUCUAUGGUCCGUAGUAAGGUAGCAAUGACGUAAGGUUUCUACCUGAGAUUCUUAUUCUUCGUAUAGUGUUUUCGAAUCGUACUUCACAAAAUCAUAGGAAAGAUAGAUGAGAACUGAAGCUCAUAUUAUUAUGACCGUUUCAGUUGCUAACUACCAAACAACGUCGACGUCGAGUAAAAGGGCAAGGAGUCUGUCACAGGAGACAGAAAAUGGUAAUAAACUGCGGGCAGUGGACCGAGACUUUACAGCGUCGACUUAUGAGCCAUCACCAAAUAUACCUAAUCGCGCUCCAAGCAUAACUGUUCGGGGAAAGAUUCUUUUGAGUUUCGGGCUGAAAGUUGAUAAAUGGAAGAAGGAAAAUGAAGAAUUAUCGAUCCUUAAAGCCGAUGUACCUCUCGUGCCUCAUAAUGUACAAUACAUGUAUGAAAUGCUUGAUAGACAAAGACAACUAAUGGUAGAAAGGUGCGAAACUUUCGGGCGGCGUCUGUGCGAAAUUUGGAAACGCACGGAACCCGAAGAUUCCGAUGUCCAUUCCGUAGAAAAUAUAAUGGCAAGGCCUGCCACACUGUUUAGGACGUACGGGAGAAUAUUCCUAAAGGCCGAGAAAGGCACUCAUAAGAAAAUCAUUCUGUUGGAAGGUUGUGAGCCAUUUAAGGGUAACACCAAGUCUACGGUCGUACGCAUGAAUUUCGAUAGGCUCAAAUCGUAUGCAAUAUUCCCGGGACAGAUAAUCGGGGUAGAGGGUAUUCUUAAUACAAAAGGCGUUUUAACGGCAACGCAGUUAUUUACAAAAGGGCACGUACGAUUAUUCGAUGCACCGAAGUUGUGCAAAGAUAUCAAGAUAUACGUCGCUGCUGGUCCGUUCACAUCUAUCAGUGAUUUGAAUUAUCAACCUUUAUGGGAUUUUAUGGAACGCGUUGCGGAAGAUGAGCCCGAUGUAUUGGUACUGAUCGGUCCUUUCAUGGAAGUGGAUCACCCCAACAUUAGGGAUUUAAGCGACACGUUUGGAGAUUUCUUUCACAAACUUCUGUCGAAAAUUUUACACUAUUUGCAAGGAAAAUUUACAAGAGUUAUUCUGGUACCUUCCUAUCGAGACGCGCAUCACGAUUCGGUUUUUCCGACACCGGAAUUUGUUCUUAACAGUAAUAAAGUCGGGCCGACUUCUACAAUCGUUCAUUGUAUGCCAGACCCUUGCAUAAUAAAUAUCAAUGGUUUGCACAUAGGAAUUACAUCCGUCGAUAGCCUUAAACAUUUCGGAUUAAAGGAACUUUCGUUCCAGUCUGCAACCGAUAGAAUCAGCCGUUUAGCUGACCAUUUGUUAUCUCAAGCUUCAUUCUAUCCGAUGUACCCUUAUUUUAAGGGAUUACCUUUUGAUAUAACUCUUUGGAAAGAAUACGGGUGCUUCCCUAAGCAGCCGCAUAUCAUGAUUCUACCGUCCGACAUCAAGUUCUAUUGUAAAUCAAUAAGCAAUUGUCUUGUCGUAAAUCCUGAACGUUUACAUAAGUAUAAUUACGCUAGGAUAUGCGUAAAACCUGUACGUAAUGAUACAUGGGAGCCGAAUGAUGUGUCUUGCGAGAUUGCUAAAGUCUGAUGAGGGGGUGUCGGUUAUAUAUGUUUGUACGCGAAGUAUUAUAACUUGAGAUACAUUAAAUAAAGCUGUUUCUUAUUUAAA